AUGAAAGCCUGGAAGGAAUUGAUGAAUGCCUUCGUCAAAACGGUUUCGAACCGUCAUGUCAACGAGAUUACAACAUUUUUUCUUAUUGCACUGGGAUACUAUGUGACAUUAAUGGCGGUCACUGGGCAAAAUUUUGCGAAUCCAUUAGAGCCGAUCACAUAUUCGAAAACACUAAACUUGAACAACGCUGCGAAUGAAAUAUUACAGUCGAUUGUAUCAGUAUUUAUAAUAGUCGUGAUAUCACUAAUAAUUGGAAAAAUCGUCAAAAUCGUCUAUAUACCAACACUAAUCGGAUGUAUGGUGUUUGGCAUCGCCAUAAAGAACAUCGCCGUCUUUAACGAGUUUUUCUACAUAAACUCCUACUGGCAGUUCAUCCUAAGGAAGCUAUCUUUGGUCACAAUUAUCAUUCGAUGGGGUAUAUCAAUAAAUGUCAAGUUCAUCAAGGAAAAUUAUGUGUUCCCCGCAAUUCUUGGCAUUGGUUCCGCCACCGCAGAAGCCCUUGCAAUAUUCGUUGUUGCCGUACUGUUUUUCAAUUUCAGUCCCGCACUUGCCAUCAUUUGCGGAUUUGUGGUUGGUACCGUAUCACCCGCUGUCGCUGGACCGGUUCUAGGGUAUUUGAGGCGCAAAAAUAUUGGAAUGGAAAAAAGAAUACCUGAUAUUGUUCCAGCAGCUUGCUGUUUUGACAAUUGCUUCUCUCUUCUUAUUUUUUCUUUGACUGCUGCCGUCACAUUUACUAAUGAAUCUCCGAUUCCCACACUUGUUAAAAACAUUGGUGCGAUUGUUCUGGCUGUUGUUAUUGGAUUGGUGAUUGGUUUCGUUAUUCGGUAUUUCCCACGCGGUGAUGUAAGACACACUCAUCUUGGAAGAUUCAUGAUUUUGACAUCAAUGAGUUAUGGAGUGAUCAUGGGUAUGAUUGCAAUGGGAUAUCAGUUUCCUGGAAUUGUUGCUAGCCUGGUAAUUUGCUGUGUCAGUGGAACCAAAUGGAGGGAGGACAAUCCAAAGAAGAUCGACGUUCUGGUUCAUCAAUGUGACAACUUUUGGUACUUCUUAUGUGUUCCAGUUCUCUUCACACUUGUCGGAUACACAUUCGAUUUUUCAAAGAUCAGCCUUUACGACGUCAAAGUAGCGUUGAUCCUACUUAUAGCAGGAUCACUUAUCAGAUUGAUUGUUUCGAUGGUUCUAUCAGCUUCAGCGCAAUUCAAUUUAAGAGAACAGUUCAUAAUUGGGCUUUGUUUGGUUCCAAAGGCAACAGUACAGUGUGCACUUGCGCCAUCUCUAAUUCUUCUCACCGAUGAUUUCCCUGAAUUGAGAGAGAAAACACAAUUGAUCAUUACAAUCUGUAUAAUUGCUGUUCUGGUGACGAGCCCGAUUGUUGACAUUCUUCUAUACGUUCUGGCUCCAAGAUUGCUACGGCAGAGCAGCUCCCAAACGGUCCACAUCUCAGGUGUUCAGCUUGUUCAGGAUUCUUCCGGUAACCUUGACACGAAAACAAGCAAUAGCAUUUUCACCAAUGAUGAUGCGAUCACUUUCGAAAAAUUUCGUGCGCUUUAUGGAAAUGCCAGCAGCAAUUCACCGUUCAAUAAUAGCCAAAUGAAUAACACAAGGCCGACAUACCAAUAUGUCAACAAAAGUGCGGUUUACAGUUGA